AAGGGGGGAAACCUGUUUGAAAUCUCACUCCCAAGGUGGGGGCGGCAGGGGUCAGGGUGAGUGUGGCUGAGCAGGAGUGGCAGGAGCUGCGUGUCAGACUGUUGGGUGUGACUGUGUGAGACUGCAGACGGUGACAGACGAGACACCCGCUUUCUCCCGCUCGGCACUAUUUACCAUCAUUCGGCAGCAGAGGGACCGUUAGUCAGCUCUGGGGGAAGGCGAGCCAGAGGACCGCCUCCUCUCCCCUGGACUCCUCGAGAGGCAGGUGACUGAGUAGCCAGAGUCAAGGGCACACACGGGAGAGUAAAGGUGCCGAAAACCACAGACGUCACGUUCUGUAUUCCCAUUAGAUGCGCGGCAAGGGCGAGUCAUUCAGCAGCUGUCACUCGUCUGGUUUCCCCAUUUAUCUGCCCUGUCUUUGGUUGGGGGGUGGGGGGAGUUGUUAUUUCAAGCAGUGGCUCCAUGCUUCCCCUCCACACACACCUUGCCAGACACUGAGAAGGGGUCUCUGAAGAGAGACUGUCAGCAGAGAGUUUGAUUGUGGACUCCCAGUCUGAGGGGAGAACGGGACGCCUGUGAUGACGACUGGAGAGGAGCAAGGAAUGUCACCUCUGCCCAGAGGUGCUGAAAGCCGGGGCUCUUACACCCAAAAAGGCAAAGCCUCCUCCCUUCCCCCAGGAUAAUUGGAAACAGCCCUUCCGGCUGAACGCGGGUUUGGGGUUGUAGAUUCUGCUUUUCCUCUCCAGACCCGUUUCUCCCCACAACCAUCUAAGAAAGGCCCGCGUUUACCCCCUAAUCUCUUGCCUUUCAUCAACCCCCAGGUAGCAGUAAAGAGUCGGGGAGCUGUGACAAGGGACCCCAGGACUGGGAGUUUGGCAGUCUGGGUUUGGUUUCAGCUUCAUCCCAGAUUCUCGGUGUGACCUUGGGCAAGUCACAGGGCUUCCCCGAGCCUCAGUUUCUUCAUCACUGCAAUGGGGAUCCUUCAGCUCUGCCCCUCCCACCUCACACAGGUAGUCUAGACAAACCACUGCUCGCUCCCGUAAAGUGCGGAGCCUUCAAGGUUAUUAUUAUGCUCUCCAGACCUCCCAAGCAGCGGUGUUGUUUUGGGAUGGGGGAGGAGGAGGCUGCGGGAGGGAAAGGGGCUGGGUUCCUCGGGGAUGUAGAGGGCGAGAGAGCCUUUCUGGAUUUGAGAGAGCGGAAGAUUCCAGCCGUCCGGGCGAUCCCAGGGCAGGAGUUGAGGUUCCAGGCAGAGGGUGGUUACGUGCUCUACCCUCAGAUCGGGGACCGGCUAGAUCUGCUCUGUCCCCGGGCCCGGCCUCCGGGUCCCCACUCCUCUCCUAAUUACGAGUUCUACAAGCUGUAUCUGGUAGGGGGUGCGCAGGGCCGGCGCUGUGAGGCACCCCCUGCCCCAAACCUCCUCCUCACUUGUGACCGGCCAGAUCUGGAUCUCCGCUUCACCAUCAAGUUCCAGGAGUAUAGCCCUAACCUCUGGGGCCACGAGUUCCGCUCACACCACGAUUACUACAUAAUUGCCACAUCGGAUGGAACCCGGGAAGGCCUGGAGAGCUUGCAGGGAGGUGUGUGCCUCACUAGAGGCAUGAAGGUGCUUCUCCGAGUGGGACAAAGUCCGCGAGGAGGGGCUGCCCCCCGAAAGCCUGUGUCUGAAAUGCCCAUGGAAAGAGACCGAGGGGCAGCCCACAGCCUGGAGCCUGGGAAAGAGAGCACUGCAGGUGACCCCACCAGCAAUGCAACCUCUCGGGGUGCUGAAGGCCCCCUGCCCCCUCCCAGCAUGCCUGCAGUGGCCGGGGCAGCAGGGGGGCUGGCGCUGCUCUUGCUGGGCGUGGCAGGGGCUGGGGGUGCCAUGUGUUGGCGGAGACGGCGGGCCAAGCCUUCGGAGAGUCGCCACCCUGGUCCUGGCUCCUUCGGGAGGGGAGGGUCCCUGGGCCUGGGGGGUGGAGGCGGGAUGGGACCUAGAGAGACUGAGCCUGGGGAGCUAGGCAUAGCUCUGCGGGGUGGUGGGGCUGCAGACCCCCCCUUCUGUCCCCACUAUGAGAAGGUGAGUGGUGACUAUGGGCAUCCUGUGUACAUUGUGCAGGAUGGGCCCCCCCAGAGCCCCCCAAACAUCUACUACAAGGUAUGAGGGCUCCUCCGAACUGGCUCUCCUGGAUCCAGCCCUUUGUGGGGUGCUCCUCCAGUUUAAUUCAUGGUUUGAGGGACACCUCUAGCAUCUCCUUGGCCCCCUUUGCCCCAUCAGCUCCUCUGCUCCUCCUGGCUCUUGCCUCUCCUCCACUUUUAGGAUUCCCUGAGACAUCCACCCAACUACUGCCUGCCCUCUGGUUGGCUGUGUGUAUCCUUCUGUCUCUGUGUUUCUGGGUCCUGUUCCCCUGUGGAGGAGGCAGCGGUUCAGCCUCCUCCUCUGAUCAUGACCCAGAGAUCCUUGUUCCCCUCACCCACUGAGAGCUAGGGGUGGGAACAGUCUGUCUUUUGGUUGGUACUUCUCCUCUUUCUGCCUCUCACUGUUUUUCUCUUCUCCCUCUCUUUUAUUUUCUUUCUCUCUCCUCUGUCUCUAGGUCUGUUCCUCUUCCCUAGCAUCCUCCUCCCUGUAUCUCCUUUUACUUACCCUCUUGGCUUCUUAUCCUGUGCCCCUCCCAUCUCCGGGGUCGGGGCUUCAAAGCAUUUCUCCCCUCAGCUCCCUCUUCUGACUUCUCUUACCAACCACUCCCCUUAGUCUGCCAAAAAUGGGGGCCUUAUGGGGAAGGCUCUGGCAUUCCACCCCAGCUCAGGGCAUGGGCAGCAGAACUCCUCCUCUGCCCUGCCCCAGGCCUCUACAUACUUACUCCAGCCAUUUGGGGUGGUUGGGUCAAGACAGCUACCCUGAGAAGAAAUAUGCUGUUUUGCCCAGUGGCCAAUAGCAAGCUAUGAACCGGUCGGGACACUUAUGGACUUGGUCUGAUGCUGAAUGGGCCACUUGGGACAGGAAGUGACUUGCUCCAGACAAGAAGUGACCAGGCCUGGACAGAAGUGGCCUGGGAAGUGGCAGAAGCAGUGCAGCAGGAACUGGAAGUGCCUUCAUCCAGGACAGGAAGUAGCACUUCUGAAAUAGGAAGUGGUCUGGCUGGAACCGGAAGUGGCUUAGUCUGGGGGGUGGGGGGAGGUGGAUGGUUCAUACUCUGUGGAGAAGGGAGGGGGGCAGGAAGAACUUCCCAUUUCAGGAGGAAGCUGGAACUUAACUCUAAAGAAGAUCAAGUGGACUGAGGAGGGUCUUCCUAGUAUUCAGUGGCUUGUGCCAGGAUCCCCCUUCCCCUGUUCUCUGUGCUGCUUUUAGGACAGCUAAGGUGACUGCCAUCUGCUGUGGCAGGCUCAAUUUGUCUUGUUUUUCCCUUUCCAUAUCCCAAUAUAGUCUCUGUUACCCAACAGGGUGACCCCAAGAACCCAUGUGUUGUCCCCAGUAACCCAGAUGGCUGUCUUGUUCAUCAUAUCCUCCAUAUCCUACUCCCUUCAAAUUCAACACAGCUCCCUUCUUAGUGACCAAAAUGGUGGCCUACUGACUGGUCUAGCUAAUGGUGGUCCUUAGCAACAGCCACUCUUUUCAUAGUGACCAGCUGAUACCUCUUCCAGCCCUCUAGUACACAAUUGGAUGUUGCCUCAGUUUCCUCCCAGCUCAUUUCCAUUAGAUCAGAGCUGCCCUUGGGCAUCACAUCGGCCACCUCAAUCACCAGCCAAAUGGUUGCUUUGUCCACCAGGGGUCAUCUCUCUGGUGCUGUAGUUCCCAGCUCCUUCCUGAUUUUUCUAAUCACUCCUUCCAGGGAACAGGAAGUUGAUAUUGCCAUGGGGGAGGUGGCGGUAUAUGGCCGUCAUCUCAAUAGUUUUACUGUAAAAGGGAAAUUUGAACAACAAAAACCAAAAGAAAAAAAAAAGAAUAAAAAACUUGAAAAGUUGA